GCUUAUUCUUCAUACCAUCACUAGACUUUUCAAUCACCACCAAAUUCUAAUAUUUCAAUUCUCUUUUGACUUUUGACUUUGACUUGUAUAUUCUUCAUCAAUUAACUAAUGGCAACCAUAGGGAAGCUUGAGGUUGAAGUGAAAGUGAAGUCAGGUGCAGAUAAAUUUUGGAAAACCAUCCUUGAAUCCACCGACAUCUUCCCUAAAGUCUGCGCUGAUCUCUACAAAAGUGUUCAAAUUCUUGAAGGUGAUGGAAAGAGCGUUGGAUCCAUUCGCUUGGUUAACUUUGCCGAAGGGUCACCAAUUGUAAAAUCAGCAAAAGAAAAGAUUGAAGAAUUUGAUGAAGCCAACAAGAAAGUGGCAUAUAGUGUGAUUGAUGGGGAUAUGAUGCAAUAUUACAAGAGUUUCAAGGCUAGCCUUGAGGUGAUUCCUGAGGAAGAAGGAAGCCUUGUGAAAUGGGCUUGUGAAUUUGAGAAAGCAAGUGAAGAGGUUCCUAAUCCUGACAUGAUCAGAGACUUUGCUGCCAAGAAUUUCAAGGAUAUUGAUGAUUAUCUCCUUAAAGCAUAGACUGCAACUACUAUGUGUGUGUGUGUUAUGAACUUAUGAUCAGUUAAGCGCGAUUUUGAAAACCAAGGUUAUGAUCAGUCGGUUCUUGUUUGCAAUAAAUUAUAAAUUGCAGAGUCAUGUAAUGCAUUCACCAAAUUAGUUGUGCUCCAUCUAAAUAAUAUAUAUGAAUGAAUAAAUGUGUUCCUUUCCA